AGCAGCUGGGAUGGGAAUUUGGUAGAAAUGCAGAUUACCAGACUCCGCCCCAUACAUACUGAAUCAGAAACUCUGGUGGUGGGGCCUAACACUCUCAGCAAGCUUUCUAGGUGAUUCCAAUGCAUGCUGAAGACAUUCCUAGGUGUUGGAAAUACUCUGUUGCUUGAUCUGGGUGCUGGUUACAUGGAUGUGUUCAGUUUGGAGACUUCAUUGAACCAUGUAUUUAUUUAUUUAUUUGCUUAUUUUUUGAGAUGGAGUUUCACUGCUUUUGUCCAGGCUGGAAAUGGUGUGAUCUUGGCUCACUGCAACCUGCAUCUCCUGGGUUCAAGUGAUUCUCUGGCCUCAGCCUCCUGAGUAGCUGGGAUUACAGGUGCACACCACCACACCCAGCUAAUUUUGUAUUUUUAGUGGAGAUGGGGUUUUACCAUGAUGUCCAGGCUGGUGUUAAACUCCUGGCCUCAGGUGAUCUGCCUGCCUUGGCUUUACAAAGUGUUGGGGUUACUGGCAUGAGCCACCUCGCUCUCAUACAUUUAUGAUAGAUACAAUUGUUCUGUGUGUAUGUUAUGUUUCAAAACAAAGUUUAAAAAAGCAAACUGCUCUGGUUGAAGCCCUGGGAGGGGCAGGGAGAGGGAGGGCAAGGACCUGAUCCACAGCUCUGCCCUUCCCCUGAAGGCAGCCCUUGAGGAACCUAUAGCUCCUUAGAGUAUUAGCCUGAAAUCCUUGAUCUGCCCCAACAGAGCUGAGAAGGUCAGUGACUUGCCCAAGGUUCCACAGAGCCAGCACUAGAACCCAGGUCUCCUGACUCCCAGGCCAGGGCCCUGGAGGCUAGUCCUUUGCCUAAGGUCUAGUGUCACAAGUAAGGACAAGGGGUGGCUAGGCAGCCUCCUCCCGGAUCUCAGCUCCCUUUACUUGGGUCUUGGGAAGAGGGCCAAGACUCUGGUGUGAAUGAUGCUUUUCUCAUCCUGGAGCAACUUCCUUUCUGGGAACUGGGUGUCUCCUUCUGGGCAAAGACAAUAAAAUUCAUCCAAAAGGCCAGAGGAGCAGGGUUCCUCCGGCCCCCACCCAGAUGGGUAUCACGUGGCUCCCAAGUUAGCAGUCCAGGAAAAUUCCAGCCCUUACACACUUGGCCUCACACACAGCCAUCUGCUCACUCAUCCUGGCACACUCAGCCCCCCUCGCCCACCUUGAACAUUGACCAUCACACACUCCCUGGAACACUCUUCUCACCCUCAGCUUCUACCACCUCUCCCUGGGCAAUAUUGCCAGCCCUUCCCUCAUCCCAGAGCUGCAGCUCUGCCCUGUCACUCACCUCAAACCUGCCAUGUCCCUGGGACAAAUGAAAUUCCAGGCGGUGGGCGAAGAGGACGAAGAGGAUGAGGAGGGGGAGAGCCUGGACUCUGUGAAGGCACUCACAGCCAAGCUUCAGCUGCAGACUCGGCGGCCCUCAUAUCUGGAGUGGACAGCCCAGGUCCAGAGCCAGGCCUGGCGCAGGGCCCAAGCCAAACCUGGACCAAGGGGAUCUGGGGCCAUCGGUGGCUUCGACUCAAUGGACUCUGCCCUUGAGUGGCUCCGACGAGAGCUGCGGGAGAUGCAGGCGCAGGACCGGCAGCUGGCAGGGCAGCUGCUGCGGCUGCGGGCCCAGCUGCACCGGCUGAAGAUGGACCAGGCCUGUCACCUGCACCAGGAGCUGCUGGAUGAGGCCGAGCUGGAGCUAGAGCUGGAGCCGGGGUACGGCCCGGCCCUAGCCCCACUGCUGCGGCACCUGGGCCUCACGCGCAUGAACAUCAGCGCCAGGCGCUUCACUCUCUGCUGAGGAACACCUGUGGGCCGCCCCUCCCCCAGCUUCCCCGCCCCCUCUCCCACUGCCGCUUCCCCUGCCUGCCUGAGAAGAGGGAAGGGAGGGGUGCCCCAGAGGCACCAGCUCCUGGCGGGGGAGCAGAAACAUUCAGGCUUCUGAGAGCUGAAUUCCAAGAGUGCAAAACCCUAGCAUCCUGUUUCCUCUGCUGCCAGCUGGGAGGGGGAGGAGAAGGAGCUCACACCCACAAAUCCUCAAUAAACGUCCUGUCCGCUUCCCA